GCUUCACUGGCAGUUCUGACGAACAGCCGUAGACUAAUUAUAUCCAGGGGGACGACUGGCUCCAUUUUCUUUUUCAACAUAAUAACUUUAUCAUGGUGCUUCGGUUUUUAUUAUUACUUUUUAUAUCCAGCCGCACGUCUGCAUGGAAAUAUGGUAUCUAGGUUUUUAUCUCUGUCUUACAUUUGGAAGAAAUUACUCUUACUAGCCUACCGUUGCUAGAAGUACUACUACAGACGAAAUGACCUCUUUCUCAUUGCGGAGACAACCUGUAAACGUUUAAAAAGUUGUCCUGACGUAAACUGUACGUUAUUUAAAUGCUGCCCAUUGAAAAUUUUAUACAUAAACGAGAUUAUGUUAGUGUACACAUUUUUUUUUGUUGUUCAAGUAGGACGUCAACACAAAGCAGCGUGCCGGUUUAUAGUAUAUGAAGACAGUGCCAUUCGACCCGGUCGCAGUGGGACAGAGAGGUUAUGAGAAGCGAUCGCUUCAGUGGAAAUACGCUCUUGUUUGGUCAUACUUGCUUAUGGAUUUAACCGAAAACGCCGAAGAAAACCUGAUGUACUAUUUGUACCAGAGUCUGCAGCAAGGAUGGUUAAGAGUCUCUGAUGUAGCUGCCCCUCCAGCCCACUGGAUUUCUUGCGGUCUCCCCUUCGCUGAGCAGACCACAUGGAACCCAAAGUUCUGCAUAGUCACAGAUUCUCAGCUGCUGUUGCUGGACAAAGGAAAGGCGCCUGCCUUUCUGCUGCAGGAGCACCGACCUGGAAGCCGGGCCCGGCUCCUGCGUCGCACCAUCAGUGUACCUGCAGAGAGCCACCUCCCCGAUUGCCAGAGCGAGCUCUCCACUGGAAGCGAGUCCCCCCCUGAGCGAGCGGGCCGCAGGCGCAGCAUGCCCGGCAGUGCUGGGGACAAGACCCCCACCAUGGAGCCCGCCGCAUCCACACCCUUCCGGGUCACGGGCUUCCUGAGCCGGCGGCUGAAGGGCUCCAUCAAGCGCACCAAGAGUCAGCCCAAGCUCGACCGCAACAGCAGCUUCCGGCACAUUCUUCCUGGAUUCAGGAGUGCGGACAAUGAGGGGUCCCAUCUGAUGCCGAAACUGAAGGAAUCUCGCUCCCACGAGUCUUUGCUCAGCCCCAGCAGUGCAGUGGAAGCUCUUGACCUCAGCAUGGAGGAGGAGGUGGUGAUUAAGCCUGUUCACAGCAGCAUCUUGGGCCAGGACUACUGCUUUGAGGUGACCACCUCAACGGGAAGUAAAUGUUUCUCCUGUCGCUCGUCAGCGGAGAGGGACAAGUGGAUGGAGAAUCUACGGAGAGCCGUGCAGCCAAAUAAGGACAAUAGUUGGCGUAUUGAGAACAUGCUAAAACUGUGGGUCAUCGAGGCCAAGGACCUUCCGACCAAGAAAAAGUACUUUUGCGAGCUUUGCCUGGACGAUGCACUGUACGCACGGACUACAUGCAAGCUCAAAACUGACAACGUCUUCUGGGGGGAGCACUUUGAGUUCAACAACCUGCCGGCCAUUAAAAACAUUACGGUGCACCUCUACAAGGAGACAGACAAGAAGAAGAAGAAGGACAAGAACAAUUAUAUAGGGCUGGUAAACAUCCCUAUCCUGGCGGUGACAGGCCGGCAGUUUGUGGAGAAGUGGUACGCUGUGAGCACCCCGAACCCCAACAAGGGCAAGGCUCCCGGCCCCAUGAUCCGCAUCAAGGCUCGCUACCAGAGCAUGAGCAUUCUGCCCAUGGAGCUGUACAAGGAGUUCGCCGAGUACGUCACCAACAGCUACAUGCUGCUGUGCUCUGUGCUAGAGCCCGUGCUCAGCGUCAAGAGCAAGGAGGAGAUGGCGUGUGCCCUCGUGCACAUCCUACAGAGCACCGGCAAGGCCAAGGACUUCCUGACUGACCUGAUGAUGUCGGAGGUGGACCGCUGCGGUGAGAACGACCACCUCAUUUUUCGAGAGAACACCCUGGCUACCAAAGCCAUUGAAGAGUACCUCAAGCUGGUGGGUCAGAAGUACCUGCAAGACGCCCUCGGCGAGUUCAUUAAGGCGCUGUAUGAGUCGGAUGAAAACUGUGAGGUGGACUCUUCCAAGUGCUCCGCUGGAGAUCUUCCUGAACACCAGAGCAACCUGAAGAUGUGCUGUGAGCUGGCAUUCUGCAAGAUCAUCAACUCUUACUGCGUGUUCCCACGGGAACUGAAGGAGGUGUUUGCAUCAUGGCGACUGGAGUGUGGUAACCGGGGACGACCGGACAUCAGCGAGCGGCUGAUCAGCGCCUCGCUCUUCCUGCGCUUCCUGUGCCCGGCCAUCAUGUCCCCGUCGCUCUUCAGCCUGAUGCAGGAGUACCCGGACGACCGCACGGCCCGCACGCUCACGCUCAUCGCCAAGGUCACGCAGAACCUGGCCAACUUCACCAAGUUCGGCAGUAAAGAGGAGUACAUGUCCUUCAUGAACCAGUUCCUGGAGCACGAGUGGACGAACAUGCAGCGCUUCCUGCUGGAGAUCUCCAACCCCGAGACCAUCUCCAACACGGCUGGCUUUGAGGGCUACAUCGACCUGGGCCGCGAGCUCUCCAUGCUGCACUCUCUGCUGUCAGAGGUGCUGUCUCAGCUGGAUCAGGGCACAGUUUCCAAGCUGGGGCCUCUCCCACGGGUCCUUCGCGAUGUCAACACAGCUCUGACAAACCCUUCCAGCAUCCAGGCAUCCCGCCCCUGCGAGCGCGUGGCAUCGCCACCGGGGGCAGCAUGCAGCAUCUCUACUGGUCUGCAGAAGAUGGUCAUCGACAGCGACUUGUCCGGGUUGGUGGACUUCACAAGGCUGCCGUCUCCGACACCGGAGAACAAGGACCUGUUUUUCGUGACGAGGAACUCUGGGGCGCAGCCAUCGCCGGCACGAAGCUCCAGCUACUCGGAAGCCAAUGAGCCUGACAUACAGAUGCCCAACGGCAGCAAGAGCCUGUCCAUGGUGGACCUGCAGGACAGCCGCAGCCUGGACAGCGGGGCCAACCUUUCUGUGGAGGCUCUCAACGACAGCCAGUUGCCCAUCGGCCAGCCAGGCGGCGGGGUGUGGACUGCUCGGACACCCCAGGCCAGCGUGGCCGCCGAGCCCACGAUGAGGAGAGGUGUCCAGAGCCCCACCACACCCAACUCUGAGAAUUUGCCGGGCCGGACACAACUCUUGGCACCAUUGUCAUUCCAGAACCCGGUGUACCAGAUGGCGGCAGGCCUGCCUGUGUCACCUCGGGGUAUCGGGGACUCCGGGUCAGAGUGCCACAGCUCUGUCAGCUCGCACAGCAAUAACGAGGACGCCACUGGCAGCAAGCAAGGCUUCCUGAACCAUAGCGGGGGCGGGGGCAGCAGUGGCGAGGACUACGCCCGGCGUUCCGGAGAGUUCUCCCGCCGACAGCUGUCCCUGGAUCAACCCGCGGUUCCGCGGCAGAACAGUUCUGGACCCCAGCGCCGGAUCGAUCAGCCGCCACCCCAAGUUGCUAGGGGGCGCACUCCCCCCAACCUGCUCAACACAGCGCCCUACCCUCGGCCCUCUAGUGGCAGCAUGAUGUCAUCAUCCCCAGACUGGCCUGGCAGUGGGGCGAGGCUCCGCCAGCAGUCAUCGUCCUCCAAGGGGGACAGUCCUGAAACGAAGCAGCACACACAGCACAAGCAGAUCUCAUUGCGCGAGCCUGGCCACGCAAGACUAACUGGGUUAAAGCUGCACACCUCCACGGCCCCCUCCCCGGUGAACCCUAAUGCCCUGGACCGAACAGCGGCCUGGCUGUUGAAUAUGAAUGCACAGUAUUUAGAGCACGAAGGGCUGGAGACGGACCCCAAACACAAGGAAGACCCCCGAAGCAAGGAGGACCUCACCCAGGCCGAGAAGUACCAGCAGGAGAUCGCCAUCCUGCAGGAGAAGCUGCGCUUGUCCCUGCAGAAGCUGGAGGAGUACGAGUCACGGCUGAAGGACCAGGACGAACACACCCAGAAGAUGCUGAUGGAGUACCAGGCCCGGCUGGAGGAGUCUGAGGAGCGGCUACGGCGACAGCAGGAGGACAAGGAGCUGCAGAUGAAGGGCAUCAUUAGCAGGUUAAUGUCCGUUGAGGAGGAGCUGAAGAAAGAUCAUUCAGACAUGCAGGCUGUGGUGGACUCCAAGCAAAAGAUAAUAGAAGCUCAGGAGAAGCGCAUCGCCUCCCUGGAUGCGGCCAACGCGCGGCUGAUGAGCGCCCUGACGCAGCUGAAGGAGCGAUACACCAUGCAGACGCGCAACGGCAUCUCCCCCACCAACCCCACCAAGCUGCAAAUCACCGAGAACGGAGAGUUCCGCAACAGCAGCAAUUGCUAGCGUGCAGGCGGAGCUUCGGCAGGGGGCAGGGUCUUCUCAAACUGGGGCAAAGAGGCAGGCAGAGCAGUGUGUGAGAAGACACCUGCUGUCAAAUGGGAUGGAUGGCAAAUGGAUGAAAAAACGGUCGGGCAGGGGGACAGAUAUGUAAUGAGGAACAAGCGUGUUGAUAAACUAUUAGUGCCAUUAGCUGGCAGGGCCAGAGAGUCCAUUAACUUUCUAUUUAAGUACUAAAAUAUAAUGCUCCAUUUCUGGACUCCUGUGACACAAUCUGUCAUUUGUCACUGCGCCUGAGGGUGGGCAGACUGCAAGUGGACUAACAAGCAAUCUGGCAUCAACAAGCUCCAAUAAUAGUGAGUGUCUGAGGUAGCAGGAAACUUACCGCAAUUUUCCACAAUAAAAUUUGCCCAGGAGAACUCUGGCCAGAAAAAAAAACGCAGAUUACAUGCUUUUAAAUGUUAUAUAUAUUUUUUUUUCUUUCUCUAAUUAGGUGGGUACACCUCAGAUUGGGGUAGGCUUUUGUGAACAUAAAGACAGAAAUCAGGAUCACCCUAAACGGCAGUCUUGAUUUACAGAAUGAGAGCUGGUUAUGCUAUUAUGUUUUGUGCUACUUCGGAUAAUGCCCACACACCACAUGCUAUACAUCACCUGAGACUGACAGCACUUUCCAAAUAUCAUGUUAUUUUUUUUUUGUACGUCGUCGUCUUUUUCCAACUGGCGCAGCACAAUGUGCAGAACAUCACAUAGCGCGGCAAAAUGCGCAGAACACAACGCCCUACAAGACGUGUCAUAUGACGCAGGAAAAUGCGCAGAACACAACGCCCUACAAGACGUGUCAUAUGACGCAGGAAAAUGCGCAGAACACAACGCCCUACAAGACGUGUCAUAUGAUGCAGCAAAAUAUGCAGAACACGAUGCCCUACAAGACAUGUCAUAUGAUGCAGCAAAAUGCGCAGAACAUGAUGCCGCACAUGACGCAGCAAAAUGCGCAGAACGAUACCCUACAAAACGCAAAAGAUGACGUGCCAUAUGACGCGUCACCUGAUGCUGCGUCACAUGACGUGUCAUAUGACGCAGCCAAAUGCGCAGAACAUGACGCCGUACAAGCCGCAAAACAUGAUGCGUCACAUGACACGUCACCUGAUGCGUCACAUGACACGUCACCUGAUGCGUCACAUGACGCAUCAUAUGACGCAGCCAAAUGCGCAGAACACCCUACAAGCCGCAAAACAUGAUGCGUCACAUGACACGUCACCUGAUGCGUCACAUGGCACGUCACCUGAUGCGUCACAUGGCACAUCAUAUGACGCAGCCAAAUGCGCAGAACAACACCCUACAAGAUGCAGAACAUUACGCCGCACAUGACGCCGCACAUGACGCAGCACAUGACACAGUGGUGAUCCAGCCUGUAAAACUGGAUGCCAUUUACCUCAUUCAGGUUGCCAGUUUUUAUGCUUCUCUGCACUAGAAUAAAAAUCCUGAUAGAACACUGCAGUACUUCGUAUAAAAUGAAUGAAAACAAGAAAGAGACUUGGGGGGGCAGCAACGUGGAUGAUGACGUCACCGUACAUUAAUGUUUCAUUAGAUCACAAUUAGGCAUUAGGGACUGAGCUGAAAGUGAGCAAGAGGGAUGUCUGAACGAACGAUAGCUAAGAAAGGGUUACAUGUGAGACAUUAGUGGGCCAUUUAGAGAGCAGCUUGAUGUGCUAUUCUGUACGUAUAAAAGCCUUAACUUUGGGAAAACAGUUCAAAAUGAUUUGGUGCCCUUAUGGAAUCAUUAUACAGAAUAAAUUCAUUGUUUACAAAUGGCAAUAUAAAGAUGCUCUUAUAUUCAAAGAUAUAUACAGUGAAUUACUUAUCAAAGAGGAAAGUAUUUAAGAUAAAUAUUGCAACUGUAAAAAUACAUUUUUCUAUUUAAUGUUGAAAUUAAAAAAAUUAAUUAAAAAAAAACACCGGUUUCUUUCCAGUACUUAGAGAUGCAAAAACACAAUUUUGGGAUAUAUUUUAGGUUUACAUUCCACUUAUGUAUUUAGUUAAAUACUAGUAAAAUACUAGUAUUAAAGCAGGACUAACAGCGCCAUCCAUGCUUUACAAAAUUUGAUUUGUAUGCAAUAAGUUACCACGUCUGCUUGUAGAUAGUCACUUACGGGCACUUUGUAAGUCCAGUUUGCAUGCAAAUGCUUCAAAGACCAUAGAUCUAGGUACCACUUCAUUUGGAAUUUGGAACAAAGCUGAGCAUUUAGAAUCCCAUUAACUAUGGGAUACUGUGUGUACUUGGACAAUUAAAUCAAACAUUGGGAUAUCAUAUCAGUUUUAUUUGAUGCUCCGUAUUUUUACGUAAUGGUCUACAAAGAUUUUAAAAAAAAAAAAAAAAAAACACGUGAUAAGGUUUGCCACACCAACAAAACAUUCAAUAUUUCUAUCAAAUAUUUUGUCAUAAUAGCUUUAAUGAAAUAUGCAUCAACAGUCAUAUAUAUUCAAUAUGUGAUACAUAACAUUUCAAUCUAAAGAAAAAAAAUGAUGUAUAUGCAAAUAUUAAAUUCUCUCCAAUUUAAAUGUAAGGUUAUCUUUGUAUUACAUGGAUUUUAUUUCCCCAUAACAAGGUGCCCAUUGAACACCCCAGAGCACAGUGGGCUUAGAAAUCACACUGGCUGUCAGUAAAAUGGGGCAGGGACAGAUGAUGUCAUGCAGUCACAUUUUAGGUCUUUCAUCCACAGUAAACCACGUUUCUGUCCAGUGAAUGCCACUUUUUGCAUAGGGUUGCCUCAUAGCUAAAAUAAAUAUUUACGUGUAAACAUACUUGUACACUGUACCGGUAAUGUACUGUAGUCACAUUAUUGUUUGAGCAGUGACAGGCAGAAACACAGGAAAAAGGCAGAACUUUUGCCAAUACUGAACAUGUCAAUGCUUUCUAUUUAAGUUUGAGUGGUGAUGCUGCUCAAGCGCUUUAUUUAGCAUUUUUAUUUUGCAGUUGCACCAGUACGAACUGCUCUGUACAUUUUUGUAUUUUAUUUCCUACUUGUUAAAUACAUUUUUUCUGCAUGUGUCAUGCUCAGUGCUGCAGAAAGUAGCACAAAUGGUUUGUUGUUAAGUUGCCAAUAAGGAAGAAAUUGUUUCUGCGCUAUUUUUUUAUUAUUAUUAUUAUUAUUAUUUUGCUGCAUACUUAAUUAUAAAGGUGGGUGUAUUUAGGAGCAGUUUGCUUCACUUCUGUAAAUAAAAUGUUCACAAUAUUUUUACCUAAUGUUAUAAGAGAAUCUUUUCUUUUUUGUAAAUGGUCCCUGUGAUUAAUUCUACUGUAUUGAUAUCACAAGAACAUUGUAAAUAGUCCGGUGCUGCUUCUUUAGACGGUUACAGCUUAAUCGUAUUGCUGUUUAAGUCAUUUUUCAAAAUUUCUUUUUCAAAGGAAAACACUGACCCUUCUUACAAAAAUAGUCUCAAAAGUGGUUUAAGUGUACGGUGAUUGGCAGGUAUGUUUGGAGGGGGUUUGAAAGUGACAGAAUAGCCCUUUAUGGUAAGCCAUUCCUCUCUCCAUAUGCCACGAAGGCACUGCAGGGAUAUAUAAGCACAAGGUGUACCGUUGGUUUUUCGCAAACCUCCACCUCCAUGUCCCUUUGCAUCACUUUUUCCCAUUAGCAAGGGGAACCAGGGAAAGCAGCCCCCCACCCCCGAAGCUGAGCGCAAAUGGCACCUUGCUUGCCUCUGACUGGCAGUGCAGGAUAACGGGGCCCCCGUCAGAGUUUUGCUUUGAAGAAGAGAAUGCAGUUUAUGAAAAGUAACAACUGAGAC